AAGGGAGAGAGACACCAUGGCUUCCUCCAGGAUUCUUCUGGUCCUGCUCUCUAUAGCCCUGCUGGCCCUGACCUCAGCUCAAAGGGUCAAUGAAGAUGAUGGAAGCGCUCUUCAAGAAGAAGAUGCCCUUGAAAUAGGAGACUCCAACCAACAACAUGAUGAUAUACAUGAAAGGCUAAAUGAAAUAAAGAAUCAUUUUCAAGAUCAAAUAAGUCAGCAUGGUAAGGAAGCCAUCAAGUCCAAGAAAGGGAAGAAUGGACCACGUGGUAGACGAAGCUCUGAUGAUGACAGCUUGGAAGUCCAGGAUCACCAGAGUGGAAAUGAACAAGCAGGAGGUGGCCAAGGCGGCCGUGGUCGCAGUGAACUAAGAGGCCAGAAUGGAAAAGGUAGCCAGAAAGGCAAGAAAGGAAAAGGUGGCCAGCAAGAACAGAAAGGAAAAGGUGGCCAGCAAAAACAGAAAGGAAAAGGUGGCCAGAAAACAAAGCGUGGAAAAGGUGGCCAGAGAAGCCAGCAGGAUAAUGUUCAAGAAGUUUACCAGGAGUAAACCACUGGGCCUGGCCUUUCCUCAAGUUCAAAGCAUCAAUAAAACCAGCAGCAUAAAU